AUGGGGGUACCUAACGAAUUGCUUUCAGACACCGGUUCCGCACUGCUGGCUCGUGGUGGCCCUGGCCGCGGCGCGCGGAGGUCUCCGGCCCUGCUGUUUGCACAGGGCGAGGAGGGAGAGCUGCAGAGCGCGGAGCGCCAGCACGAACCGGCGCCCGCGUCCCGGCUCCCGCACAAAGGGCCUUUGUGCCUGGCGCAGCCGGGAGGUGCCACAAACCUGUCGUGGCCACCGGCAGCACGAAGGCCAUUCCUCAACAUUGAGCAGAUGUCGGGGCUGCAGCCGCCACUGGGCCGAGGGGCGCCCUGCUCCCGCUGCCGGGGGACGUGCCCGGGCUUCGAGCCGCACUCCUGGAGGAAAAUAUGCAAGUGGUGCAAGUGCAGCCAGGAGGAUCACAGCCUGAGCUCCGACGUGGAUGACGACCGCAAAAUCGGCCGCCUGUUGUCAGACUCCAAGUACGCGACGCUCACCGCCCGGGUGAAGGGAGGGGACGGCGUCCGCAUCUACAAAAGGAACCGCAUGAUCAUCACCAACCCCAUCGUGUCCCGCAAAGACCCGACCUUCGACACCAUCACCUACGAGUGGGCCCCGCCGGGGCUCACCCAGAAGCUGCUGCUGGGGCCGCAGCACCUGCAGAGGGAGCAGGACGAGGAAACCAAGCGGAGCGACGCGGCCACUUGCUGCUCCUGCCCCGGCUGGGGAGAUACCCGGUGA